CAAACACGGAAAGAAGAAGACGCUGUUGCCACAGUAACUGUUAGCUGAAACAGCUACAUUUGGAGCUACAGCAGUGAUUUUGAUGCUGAUGUGGUCAGUUAUUUAAAUAUUUUGUGUCUUAAGGUAAAGCUGAUCGGAUACACAGAGAAACUCUUUUAAUUGCUGCUUUGGUUUGGGUGGGUUGGUAGGUAGACAGAGGAUGUCAGGGGAUCUUGUUGCUGUAUGGGAAGUGGCGUUAAGCGAUGGUGUGCACAGGAUUGAAUUUGAACAUGGCACAACCACAGGAAAACGUGUUAUUCACAUAGAUGGAAAAGAGGUUAUAAGGAGAGAUUGGAUGUUCAAGCUGGUCGGAAAGGAGACGUUUAAUGUGGGACGAUCAGGCACAAAAGCCACUAUCAACAUAGAUGCAGUGAGUGGCUUUGCAUACGAGUACACUCUAGAGAUUAAUGGACAGAGCCUAAAGAAGUAUAUGGAGAACCGCUCCAAGGUUACCAGCACAUGGCUUCUGAAUCUGGAUGGCAUGGACUGCAGAGUUGUUCUGGAGAAGGAUACCAUGGACAUCUGGUGCAAUGGACAGAAAAUGGAAACAGCUGGAGAGUUUGUUGAUGAUGGCACAGAAACACACUUCAGCAUCGGGAAUCAUGACUGCUGCAUUAAAGCUGUAAGCAGCGGUAAAAGACGAGACGGCAUCAUUCACACGCUGCUGGUGGAUGGCAUGGAAGUUUCCGAGUCCGUUGAAUAAUCUGUGUGGUGACCAUACAUGAACAUGAGAAGAGUGUAUGUAUGUACUGUAUGUGUUUAAUAAUCUGUGCUGAUUGGUAAUUACAGGUCAUCACAUACUGGUUCAGUAAUGGACUGUUUUGAAGCAGUGACAGAUGUGUCUUAAUAACACAUCCUGUAGGCCUGGUUUCACAGACAAGGCUUAGCUGAAGCCAGGACAAGGACUUAAAUUAAGAUGUUUAAGAAUCUUUUAUAAAAAAUGCCUUAGAAAAAUAUAUUACUGGGUUUUAUCUUCAAUGGCACUGGCAUAUUUUAAGAUCAGUCUGUUGAAGUUAUUUUCAAUUAAGACAUAAAAUGUGUCUUGGGGCCUGUACCAUGAAAAUGGUUAAAAUAAACUCGGGGUUACAGGAUUAGUUUCAAUUGAAAAAACCAAACCAAUGUGAUCAGGCCUUGUCGGUAAAAGCUACUUUCAUGGUACCCGAAACCCAAGAUUUGCACAAACUAAUCCUAAACUUACCUAGCUAGCCAACUAAACCAGCUAUUUGGUAUAGGCCCUUGGUCUAGGACAGUGGUUUUCAAACUGGGGGCCGCGAGAUGGUGCCAGGGGGGCCCCAGUUUUAUGACAUUUUAUGAAAUACAUUAAUUUAUCAUGAAUUCUGUGUAAUUAAACCUAAAAAAAAAUAAGGCUACUAACCAAAAGCAUUACUUUUUUUGUAUAAUUUAAUGUUUUUUUUAUUAAAAUGUUGAGUUUUAGAACAGUUUUUUGUCACAAAUUUUCUUUGGGGGGCCGCGAAGGAACGCACCGUACACAAGGGGGGCCACACGCUGAAAAAGUUUGGGAACCACUGGUCUAAGACUAGCCUUACGCAUUGUCUGUGAAACCGGGUGAUAGUGUAGUUAAUUGCUAUAUACCUCACAUAGCAACAACAAAUUGAAGUUUUUAAACCCCUUCGGAUCCAUUGUAAUUCUGUGACAUGACAGUAAAACAAUGAACAAAAUGUGUUUUUUUUUUCAGUGUGAUGUUAUGUGAUUAACACCAUGCAAUUAAACAUGACAAAAGUCAAACAAGAAUGGAUGUGAUGUCACAGUCAGGCCCUUUCCUGAACAGUCUGUUAUGUUGAUCAUGUGAUAUACUCAUGUGAAGUAAUAGGGUCGUUAAUGUGAAAUAAUUAAGUCUGUGUGCGAUAGCACAAUCAUGCUCUUAAAAAGCAUUAGAUAGUGAUGUCAGUGUAAAUAUAUGUAAGUAUUCUUUCCUGUAGACAUUUAUCUGACCAAUCACUGUUUAAAACUGUAAAUAGGGUCAGAGCACAGCAAUAACUUUCCUUAGGAAUUAUACUUUGUUUAAUAUGACUGUCUUUAAGACAAUUGGGUGUCAAGGCUUUGUGACAAAUAGGAUUACUUGUGUCUCUCUCUCUCUCUCUCUCUCUCUUUUAAGAUCCAUGUGUUUGGUGAAUUCAAGAUGUAGUAAUGUCUGUUAGCAUCAUCUUAUUUCUAAAACAGUGAUCUUACAGGAUAUGUGUAAUCCAACCCUUAUAGUUAUUUUACUAAGCACUAUGACUAAAUUCUGAAAGUGUAAUAAUAAUUGAUAUUAAUAAAGAUCUAUAUUACAAGAACGAAAUGUUGAUAUUUGAUCAGUAUUUCUA